AUGUAAGAUUUUAACAAGAGUGAAGGAGAUGAGAUAGUUUUUCAUAUUACUAAAAAUGCUCAACAAUAUGAACCCAACAUUACUUUGGCUAACUCACCUAAUGACAAACCUGUCUAGAAACCUAUAUCAUUUGAAGAUAUCAAACUUGUAUCUUCUGUAUAGGUUUCAGCAGAUGGUCAUUACUAGUCUGUAAAAAUAAUCUGUUCAGGAUGUAAGAGGAAAGUAAGUUUUUUAGAUUAAAUUUCAGGUUAAUUCAGUCAUUAAAAGACGUGCUGGAUUGUAGACUUAUAUAGCAGGAUUACUUUUAAUCUUUUGUUCUUUUGGAUUUAUAUGUGUUACUUGUAUUCCAUGUAUGGUAGAUGAUUGUAAAGAUGUUCAACAUUCCUGUCCAAAUUGUAAAUAGUAUUUGGGGAAGGCACAAUUUAACAUACUUGAUUGA